GGAUUCAGGAAGUGCCAGUUGACCUCAACUCACCUCACCACACCAGACCGGGCCUCAUCCUCGGCCUCUUCUCAGUUCUCAACACUGUGCAUUACGCUCUACUCGCCUAUUACAAUUGAAAUUGAUGCCACUACUACUGUAGAAAAUUGAAAUAAAAUAUGGCCUCUACUAAAGUGCCACUGUUCCCCGCCUUCUGUGAUGUUGCAAAAAUGUCAAAUCCUUCUUCUGCUUCUGCUACUAAUAGUUGCGCCCAUUUCCAGCCAAGGAGCAGCAGCAGAAGCAGGGAUUGGAUGACAAGAAUAAAAAUUUUCCUCCCCCUUUGCAAAUGGAACUCUCGCUUUUACUCCAUGCCAACCAAAUUCAACCCCCCACCUCCUCCUCCUUCUUCGUUGCUUUUAGUUUCAUCUUCAUCAUCAUCUUCAUCGCCCGUCCUCUACUCCGACGUUGCCCCCUCUGCUAGACGCUAUAAAUUACUGCCACCUCCGCCCCUCCGAACUCACGAGAAUGUGACGGAGAGCAGCGACGACAUUUCUCUGCUUAACGACAGAAUUCUUCGAGAGCACGGCAAGAGAGAUUCCUCCUCCCCGAGGCCCCCCGUCAUGGAUACCAAGGAGGCUGAUAAAUACAUUCAGCAGGUCAAGGAGCAGCAGCUGAGGGGUUUGCAGAAGCUCAAGGGUGACGUCACCAACAAAAAUUGGAAAGACGGCGUUUUUAGCUACAAGGUCGACCCCUACACUCUCUGCCCCGGCGACUACGUGGUGCACAAGAAGGUCGGCAUCGGCCGAUUUGUUAGCAUCAAAUUUGACCUGCCAAAGUUGAAGCAUCCUAAUACUUAUAAUACGGACCACAACCCCCAACUCCCGACUGAAUAUGUCUAUAUAGAGUACGCCGAUGGAAUGGCCAAGCUCCCUGUCAAGCAGGCUUCCCGCAUGCUCUACCGCUAUAAUCUACCUAAUGAAACAAAAAAGCCACGUGCUUUGAGCAAACUAAGCGACCCAAGUGCAUGGGAGAGAAGAAGGGUGAAGGGUAAGGUUGCAGUUCAAAAAAUGGUUGUUGACUUGAUGGAGCUGUAUAUACACAGGCUCAAACAAAGAAGGCCUCCUUACCCCAAAAUGCAUGCCAUUGCAGAAUUUGCAUCUCAUUUUCCUUAUAAGCCAACGCCAGACCAGAUGCAGGCAAUCAUUGAUGUGGAAAAAGACUUGACAGAGAAAGAAAACCCUAUGGACAGAUUGAUAUGUGGAGAUGUUGGUUUUGGCAAAACUGAAGUUGCGCUUCGUGCCAUCUUCUGCGUGGUUUCAGCAGGGAAGCAAGCCAUGGUUCUAGCACCAACAAUAGUUCUAGCUAAACAACAUUAUGAUGUUAUCUCCGAUCGAUUCUCAAGAUAUCCAGAUAUCAAGGUUGGACUUCUGAGUAGGUUUCAGUCCAAGUCAGAGAAAGAGGAGUAUGUGCACAUGAUUAAACAUGGGCACCUGGACAUUACAGUUGGGACUCAUUCACUACUUGGCAACCGUGUUGUGUAUAAUAAUCUUGGUCUUCUUGUGGUUGAUGAGGAACAGAGAUUUGGUGUGAAACAAAAGGAGAAGAUUGCUUCUUUUAAAACCUCAGUUGAUGUACUCACGCUUUCGGCAACGCCUAUUCCACGAACCCUCUAUUUAGCUUUGACUGGGUUUCGUGAUGCCAGUUUAAUUUCUACACCACCUCCUGAAAGAGUUCCAAUAAGAACCCAUCUUUCAUCAUAUUCUAAGGUAAAGGUGGUAUCAGCUAUAAAGUAUGAGCUGGACCGAGAUGGACAGGUUUUUUAUGUGUUGCCCCGAAUCAAAGGGCUUGAAGAAGUCAUGGAGUUUCUUGAAGAAUCGUUUCCAGAGGUUGAAAUAGCUAUUGCUCAUGGAAAGCAAUACUCGAAGCAGCUUGAGGAUACCAUGGCAAGAUUUGCACUGGGGGAAAUUAAGAUCCUUAUAUGCACAAACAUAGUUGAAAGUGGGCUUGACAUUCAAAAUGCGAAUACAAUCAUAAUCCAGGAUGUCCAACAAUUUGGCCUUGCACAGUUGUAUCAGUUGCGUGGAAGGGUGGGCCGAGCAGAUAAAGAAGCUCAUGCACACUUGUUUUACGCUGAUAAGUCUUUGCUCUCUGAUCAGGCGCUAGAGAGGCUAACUGCCCUUGAAGAGUGUCGUGAUCUUGGCCAGGGUUUCCAGCUUGCAGAAAGGGACAUGGCUAUUAGAGGCUUUGGUAAUAUUUUUGGUGAGCAGCAAACAGGGGAUGUUGGAAAUGUGGGCAUUGAUCUUUUCUUUGAAAUGCUAUUUGAGAGCCUGUCAAAGGUUGAUGAACACCGUGUAAUCUCAGUUCCUUACCAAUCGGUGCAGCUUGAUCUAAAUAUAAAUCCAUAUCUCCCUUCUGAGUACAUAAAUUAUCUCGACAAUCCCAUGGAAGUAAUAAGUGAAGCUGAAAAAGCUGCCAGGCAAGACAUUUGGAGUUUGAUGCAAUUUACUGAGAGCCUGCGCCGGCAAUAUGGAAAAGAGCCCUACUCCAUGGAAAUCCUGUUGAAAAAACUCUAUGUGAAGAGAAUGGCUGCGGAUUUGGGGAUUACCAGGAUAUAUUCAUCAGGAAAGAUAGUUGGCAUGAAAUCAAACAUGAGCAGGAAAGUUUUCAAGCUCAUAAUAGAUUCAGUGGCAUCUGACAUACACUGCAAUUCCCUUGUUUUUGAGAAUGGCCUAAUCAAGGCUGAACUUCUGUUGGAGCUACCAAGAGAACAGUUGCUAAAUUGGAUUUUCCAGUGCUUAGCGGAACUCUAUGCUUCUCUGCCUGCCUUGAUCAAAUAUUAGUUUCUACGUCAAUGAUGCCCACCUUGGUACAACUACUUUUUGGAGGCAACUUGUACAGGAAAAAAGUAUUCCUCCCAUCUCGAGUGUUUUCUGGAAGGACUACAGCCUUGAAUCUUCACUGAAGCCACUUGCUCUUGACAAGUUAGAGAUUCAACCACUGAACAGGCUGUUAUGAUAUGUGUUAAGAGAAUAUAAGUAUUCUUGUAGAUAAUAAAUUAGUAAGGGUAUUCUUGUAAAUAGUUUGUUAGGUUUGUACU